AAAGCAGAGAGAGAUCUGAGCGUGUCCCAGAGCAGUCGGAAAACUCACACUGAGAAAGACCUGCAGCCAAUCCUCGCUUCUGUGUGGUUUAUGGGACACAGGACCAAAGCGAAGAAGGCGGGCCGUACAGGAGAGAGAGAAAACACAGUGACUGAUAAGUAGGGUCCAGUUUGUCUCCAUCUCUCUCUCCGUCAGCUCUCUCUUUCAGCAUGGAGCCCAACAGCCCCAAGAAAAUUCAGUUUGCCGUUCCACUCUUCCAGAGCCAGUUGGAUCCCCAGGCGGCCGAGCAUAUUCGCAAACGGAGACCAACUCCAGCCACAUUGGUCAUCUACAAUGAUCCCAGUGCAUCAGGAGAUGACAAGCAGACUACAGGAAAUCAAACAGAGGCCCAGAGUGCCCAGCUGUCUCCAGCCCAGAGGAAACAGAGCGUCUACACGCCACCGACCAUGAGAGGUAGAGAGCACAGCGAUAGCCAACAAGAGGAAAGGGAGAGUCAUCCUCCUCCGAGACUCUCUCAGAAACAGCUGGACACACUGUCAGAGGAACCCGGAGACCUGUCACCACGACGCAAAGACACACCGUACCAGCACCAGCCACCGUUCGUCCCCGGGGUAAAGGUGCUGAAAAAACAAACAGACCCGUCUUCACUUUUCCAGGAGGAAGAGGAGAACAACGGAGACCGAAAAGACAGUCAGACAGAGUAAAAAUGGCUGAAUGACACGAGGAAGUGACAUCAUUUAUAAUAUCCUUUUGGAACCGUUUUGUUUUUUUAAACUUGUUUAUAUGUAACUUUUUUUUCAAUGAUUAAAAUAAUUUGAAAGUAAAUUUCAUCUUGCAGGUGUUAACAAUUAAUAUAGUCGGCGUCACUCCAAAAUACUAUUCAAUCCAAAACGUGGUGUCAAAACGCUGAGACUUUAAACUUUCAGUGGUUAGAAGUUCAUUUUGAGUAUUUACUUUUUUUUACACCAUUGUACAUUGUGGUAAUGUGUUUUAUUUCAUGUUAACUUUCUUGUUGUUACAUUUCAUAAUGAGUAUAAGAAAACGGAUGCUCCGUCGAUGAUGAUUUAGCAAUACUUUGGGAAGAAUGUGAAACCAAUCACAUCCUGCCACAUUAUUUUGAUCACCUCUCGUGGAAAGAGGCUGAGGCGGCAUUGAUGAAUCUUUCUCUGACAGAAGCAAUAUUUUUGUAGGUAUGACAGUUUUUUAAUGCAGACGUGACUCUGAAGUCCCACACGGCUGUUGUACAGUCUCUGACACGAGUGUCUGAAAUGUGGGGAUGGAAUUAAAGCUGCCUGAUCAUGCUAAGCAGGGUUUGAAAUGAACACUGACCAAAUGCGGGUGAAAAUCCACUGUGGCGGGUAACUCAUUUCAACGCAGGCCAAUUUGGCGGGUUAUGAUUCAUAAAUUAUGUUCUAUCACUUUGCAUAGCAUAACUAUCAGAGCCCUUCCCCUAAAAGGAGCCUCCCCAGACAGCAACAUAGUGUCGGCCCAGAUCCGGCCCACAUCUAGUACACAUGGAUUUCACACGGCCCGGAUAUGGGCCGGAUCUGGGCCGACACUAUCCUGCUUUGCAAAACAAUUUAUAUAGGUUCAUGCACAGAGAACGCCACGUCUUUAACUCUAUGCCCACUACCACCAGUUUUUUAGUUUUUUUCCGAAAGCUUCAGCCCUAUAGCUCGUCCUGGGUCGACAUUUCAUUCAUUAAUAAGCAGUUUGAUUUAUAUAGGCUACUGUCUGAUGAUCGCGUUAUUUAUAUGCUUACAUAUGGCUAGUUUCUUCUUCUUAUUCGCCUGUGUUAUUUUGAUCAGGAGGUUUCAGUUCUCAUUCAGAACUUAAAGACGUGUAAUAGCGUCUACAGAAUAUAGAAUUUCCGUCAAUGGUGGGGAAAGAAUUAAAAUUCGAAUUCAACACAUUGUUAUGCACACUGACAGAGCCAAACUAUGACUCCAGCUGUUGACUGACUCGGCACCACAGCGUCAGUUUUCCAUUAAAAAAACACACAAGAAUUCAGUACAAAUACUGUAUAUGUACAUAAUGACUUCACCCUAGGAUAUUGUGCAUAUUUCAGUCACAGUAAUUUGUGGAUUGAAUAGCCUAAAUAUACUUCAUAGCAAAGAGAAAUCAUAUAUAUUGCACUUUCUCUUUCCAUUUGCUCUUUUUACAAAUGCCUUAAUUCAAAGUCUAACAACACUUAGUUCAUUCUUGAAGUGAACUUCUGUGUGUAUUAUGAAUAGUUUCACUGGUUUGGACUGGUGUGUGAUAAACAACUAUACGAGAGGUCACAGAGAAUUUUGUUUUUAUUUCCAUUUUAUUUGAAUGAUAUCCGCAAACAUUGAUCGACUGUUGUAAAGCUGAAAGCAAUGCAAUGAUUCAGAAUCAGAUUUAAUAAUAAAUAUAUUUAAAUCUAA